AUGCCACUAGAGAGUGACAGAGACAGACAGGAGGAGCGGUCACGCCAGAGAGCUGGACGGGUGGUCCAGGCAGUGGGGAGGGGUCUCGAGGCGGGGGGCACGGACCCAGGGGCCUUUGCCCCUCUGCUGGCCCUGGACCAGGUCAGCCGCAGAGGCAGCCCAGACCUGUCAUUAGCGGUGAGGGCCGUGACGGCAGCCCCCCCAGUCCGAAGCCACGGCCCCGGGCCAGGCGGCCCCACCCCCCACCCCCUCCUUGAUCCCUGCGGAAUCCGGGGAAUUGGGAAGUGGGUCCGGCUGAUGUUGACACAGGAAACAGUGGCAGCUGCCCGGCCUCAGCCCCGCAACCCCGCUGACCCCCACCCCCGGCCCCCUGCCGAGCCCCCUCUGACCUGUGUCAUCGGAACCCCGACACCAGCCCUCUUCCCUCAGACCCAGGAGUCCUGACCCCCAGCCUCCUCCCUCAGACCAGGAACCCCGACACCUGCCUUCCUCCCUCGUCCUGACCCCACAGCCUCUUCCCUCAGACCAGGAGCCCCAACACCAACACCCAGGCCCCCUCCCUCAGACCCGGGAGUCCUGACCCCACAGCCUCCUCCCUCAGACCAGGAACCCCAACACCGGCCCUCCUCCCUCAGACCUGGGAGUCCCAGGAUGCAGUCCUUUCUCCCUCAGACCCAGGAGUCCUGA